AUGACAGUCUCCUACACCCUCAAAGUGGCAGAGGCCCGCUUCGGGGGCUUCUCAGGGCUGCUCCUGCGGUGGCGGGGAAGCAUCUACAAGCUCCUCUACAAGGAGUUCCUGCUCUUCAUUGCCCUGUAUGCGCUGCUCAGCGUCACCUACCGGCUGCUGCUGACGCAGGAGCAGAGGCAAGUGUACGCGCAAGUGGCCCGGUACUGCAACCGCUCUGCCGACCUCAUCCCCUUGUCCUUCGUGCUGGGGUUCUACGUGACGCUGGUGGUGAACCGCUGGUGGGCCCAGUACACAAGCAUCCCGCUUCCGGACCAGCUGAUGUGCGUCAUCUCGGCCAGCGUGCACGGGGUGGACCAGCGCGGCCGCCUCCUGCGCCGCACCCUCAUCCGCUACGCCAACCUGGCCUCGGUGCUGGUGCUGCGCUCGGUCAGCACCCGCGUGCUCAAGCGCUUCCCCACCAUGGAGCACGUGGUGGACGCAGGUUUCAUGUCCCAGGAGGAGAGGAAAAAGUUUGAGAGCCUGAACUCGGACUUCAAUAAGUACUGGGUGCCCUGUGUCUGGUUCACUAACCUGGCGGCCCAGGCCAGGCGGGACGGGCGCAUCCGGGAUGAUAUUGCGCUCAAUCUGCUCCUGGAAGAGCUGAACAAGUACCGGGCCAAGUGCAGCAUGCUGUUCCACUAUGACUGGAUCAGCAUCCCCCUCGUCUACACCCAAGUGGUGACCAUAGCCGUGUAUUCCUUCUUCGCCCUGUCCCUGGUGGGCCGCCAGUUUGUGGAGCCAGAAGCAGGGGCUGCCAAAGCCAAGGAGCUUCUUCCGGGCCAGGAUCCUGCGUCCCAGCUGGGGGACCUGGACAUGUAUGUGCCACUCACCACCCUGCUGCAGUUUUUCUUCUACGCUGGCUGGCUCAAGGUAGCGGAACAGAUCAUCAACCCUUUCGGUGAGGAUGAUGAUGACUUUGAGACAAACCAGCUCAUUGACCGAAACCUGCAGGUGUCCCUGCUCUCCGUGGACGACAUGUAUCAGAACCUGCCUCCUGCCGAGAAGGACCAGUACUGGGACGAGGGCGCAGCGGUGCCGCCCUACACGGUGGCCACGGUGGCGGAGUCCCUGCGUCCUUCCUUCUUGGGCUCCACCUUCAACCUGCGCAUGAGCGACGACCCAGAGCAGAGCCUGCAGGUGGAGGCGCCGUCCCCGGGCCCUGCCCGCGCGGCCCAGACCCCGCUGCUCGGCCGCUUCCUGGGCGCCGUCGCGCCCUCCCCCGCGGUCAGUCUCCGCAACUUCGGCCGCGCGCGCGGGGCCCCGCGGACGCCCCACGUGCCGCGCAUCCGCAUCGAUGAGGCCGCCGACCCCGAGGCCGCCGCUGACCGCAUCGAAGAGGAGUCGGCGGAGUCCGAGGAGGCGGCCCGGGGAGAGCCCUGA